AUUCACAAUUUGUCCUUAUCUGUUUACGUUUAACGAAAAUACUGCUUGACUUUGUAUUUCAAACGUGAAGCGAUUGUAAAGCGCGGGAAAUAAUCGAGAAUCGAUAUUUGAAAAACUCAAACAAGAAAUAUAACCUACAAAUCAAACACUGUUUUAAAAUGCGUUGUACUCGCGUUGAAGUUCGGUAGCGUAACAUUCCCGGUUUGUAGAAAAAGCAAAUAAUGUCUGCGACGAAACAGGUAAAGCAACAAAAUGCUCAUGGAGAGCCUAAAGAAAGGAAGAGGAAGGAAAGUAUCCUUGAUCUUUCCAAAUAUUUAGAGAAAAAUAUUAGAGUAAAAUUUGCUGGUGGAAGGGAAGCUGCAGGAAUUUUGAAAGGCUACGAUCCUCUCCUUAACCUGGUACUGGAUAACACUACCGAAUACCUCAGAGACCCCGAUGAUCCAUACAAGCUAAAUCAAGACACUCGUAUGCUAGGCUUAGUCGUGUGCAGAGGUACAUCUGUGGUACUCAUCUGUCCGGUAGAUGGAAUGGAAUCUAUUCAGAAUCCUUUCAUACAGCAAGAAGGUUAAACUUGUCUAAUAAAUUAACCAGAAGUAUAAUUUUGUAAGGAACCUGAUUUGUAAGUUGUAAUGGUUGAAAAAAUUUGUUAUAACUAGAAGUAAUUUAUGUUAUAAGCCACGUAAUCUUACAGUAAUGUGUAGUGAGUACACAUGAUUUUCUUAUAAAAAUAUAAAUGCAG